GAUGAACCUGAAAGGAAGAGUGUAUGGGCUUGUGAAAGUGAAUCAAAGGGGUGGGGCUAAGAAGAGGGAGGUGUUACUGCUUUUUUAAGUUCCUACAGUUAAAAGUUACUUAACUCAGCCACAAUUUCUUACUUUAGAAACGAAUUUCCACUUCUGCUCCAGGGGAAGAAAACAAGGUGCUCAUCAUAAAACACCCCAAGCUACUACUUCCUUUGGAAAACAACAUUAGAUUUUCCCAAUGGAUUCUCUAACACAAUCAAUCAACCAAUUUGCCCUGGAAUUUAGCAAAAAGCUAGCUGAGUCUGCUGAGGGUAAAAAUAUUUUCUUUUCUCCUUGGGGCAUCUCAACCUCGUUAGCCAUGGUGUAUUUGGGCACCAGAUGUACCACUGCAUCCCAAAUAGCCCAGGUGCUUCAAUUUAACAGAGAUCAGGACAUCAAAUCUUAUCCUGAAAGUGAAAAGAAAAGGAAAACGGAUUUCAACUUGGGGAAGGUUGAAGAAAUACACUCCAAUUUCCAAACACUCAUCUCCGAAAUCAACAGUCCCAGUAAUGCCUAUGUACUUAAAACAGCCAAUGGGAUAUAUGCAGAAAAAACUUACCCAUUUCUCAAAAAAUAUUUAGAAGACAUGAAAGCAUACUUUGGUGCAGAGCCACAGCCUGUGAACUUUUUGGGAGCUUCUGACCAAAUCAGAAAGGAGAUCAACUCUUGGGUUGAAAGCCAGACUGAGGGAAAAAUUCUGAAUCUCCUACCUGAUGAUGCUGUAGAUUCUGCAACCAAAAUGGUCCUGGUGAAUGCCCUUUACUUUAAAGGAACCUGGGAACAUCAAUUCUUAGUCCAAGACACCACAGAAAAGCCUUUCAGAAUAAACAAGACUACAAGCAAACCAGUGCAAAUGAUGUGGAUGAAAAAAAAGCUUCCCAUUUUUCACAUAGAAAAUCCACAAGCAAUCGGCCUUCAACUCUACUAUGAGAGCCGUGCCCUCAGCCUGUUCAUACUGCUGCCAGAAGACAUCGGUGGGCUGGAUCAGCUGGAAAAGGCCGCCACCUAUGAAAAGUUGAGUGAGUGGACCAGCGCAGACAUGAUGGAGAUGUAUGAUGUGAAGCUGCACCUUCCCAAGUUCAAGCUGGAAGAGUCUUAUGAUCUCAAGUUAGCCCUAAGCAGCAUGGGGAUGAGCGAUGCCUUUAGCCAGAGCAAGGCUGAUUUCUCAGGAAUGUCCCCAGAGAAAAACCUAUUUCUGUCCAAUGUUUUCCACAAGUCCUUUGUGGAAAUAAAUGAAGAAGGUACAGAGGCUGCAGCUGGUAGUGGGAGUGAGGUGAGUUAUCGAAUUAAACUCCCAUCCAUUGAAUUCAGUGCAGACCACCCAUUCCUCUUCUUCAUCAGGCACAACAAAACCAACACCAUUCUCUUUUAUGGGAGAUUCUGCUCCCCCUAAGCCUGCUUCUUCCCCAUCAAACAAGACGACGUGAAAAAUACAUCAUAAGAUGGAAAAACAAUUAUAAUAAAAACUAGUUUGCAGUCUAGAUAUUUUUCACAUUUGAAUAUUAGAAAAUAAAUCUUGAAAUAAUGCAUUCUAA